AUGAAAUUCCUUGUCCUGGCUGCUCUGCUCACAGCGGCCACAGCCGCGGGCGUCUCACCACGAGCCUUGUGGCAGUUCCGCGGCAUGAUCCAGUGCACCAUCCCCGGGAGCUCCCCCUACCUGGAGUACAACGGCUACGGCUGUUACUGUGGCUUGGGUGGCUCAGGCACGCCUGUGGAUGAACUGGACAGGUGCUGCCAGACACACGACCAGUGCUACACCCAGGCCAAGAAGUUGAGCAGCUGCUCGUUCCUGGUGGACAACCCCUACACCAACUCCUACUCCUACUCGUGCUCCGGCACUACCGUCACGUGCAGCAGCAAAAACAAAGAAUGUGAGGCCUUCAUUUGUGACUGCGACCGCAAAGCUGCCAUCUGCUUUUCCAAGGCACCGUACAACAAGCAGUACAAGGACCUGGAUUCCAAGUACUGCUAGGUGCACCAGUCACCACGGAAAGCAUCAUCCUUACCUGCCUCCCUGGCUUCACCUUACACCGCGCCCUUCAAUAAAGCACCUGCU